CCCAGAUGCAGGUGGAGCACCAGAAUUACUAUUCGACUGCCACAGCGAUCAUGCAGCCCCAUCCACACUCGUGUCGCUAUCCCAACUCGUCCAGCAAAGGAGCGUACACGGACGUCAAAGACGAGCUUGCGUUGCCGCCUCUGCAAGCGUUCCAGUACGACCGACACCAACAGUACUCGACCCAGCCCAUGCCCGAGCCAUGCCCGUCGUAUUUCCAACCGUCGGCCCAAGGUGCAUCGUACCAGCAGCAGCAGCAGCAGCAGCCACCGGCAACCUACCAUCCCCAACACCACCACUACGACCCGUACCCUCACUCAUCGUAUCAUCAACCGUACGCGGAACAGCACACCGCUGGCCAAAGCGUCAGGUCGAUGAAUAAACACCUGGACCCGGCGCUGCUCGAGGAAGCUCUCAACGAAUGCAUGCCAUUUAUCGAGCCAAUCAUGACCAUGACGACCUCGCCGUACCACGACCAGAACAAUACGAACGGCACCCAAAGCCGCCAUGGUUCCCGUUAUGACUCCGAUCCUUCGGCAUCCGCAUCGUACGCCCACUUCCACCACCAACAGCAACUGUCGCACCACUUGCCAGCCCAUGCUCCAUACCCUCAAUACUCAUCGUCUGUCCAACAGCACGAUGCACUGCAGGCGCAACCUCCAUCGCUGCGCCACAACCUUUCGUCGACUUUGUCGCACUACGCGCCGUCCGACGGCAGUGCUGUAUCCAUUUCGCAAUCUCCGUCGAAUGACGGGAAAAGCAUCAGCGGCGCCGCGCGUCUGUGCCGAGUGCCGAAUUGCAACAAAGGUAUUCGAUCCCGCGGCUUAUGCAAGGGCCAUGGUGGCGGCCGCCGCUGCCAGACUGCUGGUUGCAAAAUCAGCGAUCAAGGCGGCGGACACUGCAUUGCCCAUGGCGGGGGACGGCGAUGCUCCGUCAAGGACUGCACGCGCAGUGCUCAGGCGCGAGGCCUUUGCAAGUGCCAUGGCGGCGGCCGGCCGUGCAAGUAUGCGGGCUGUACAAAGAACAGCCAACGCAGCGGGUACUGCAUGGCUCACGGGAAGCUCAUGGCAGUCGCCAGCACGAGCAGUGACAGCCAGUCCACGGAUGAAGGCCGAUCCGCAGGGACGCGUCAUGGACUCCAAACAGCCGCCGCUAGUGCUACAUUGUGAAGGCGUCAGCCAGCAGUAAUUAAAUUAUUCCGUGAUGUCAGUGUC